ACUGCAUGCAAACCACAACAUGUCAAGAAAGAAAAAAUGAUCCAAUAGAAAUGCUUCAUUCUGGGCAGCUGGUAAAAGUCUGCGCCCCAAUGGUGCGAUAUUCAAACUUUUUCUGACACCACCACAGCAGGGGAAGGACGAGAAAGCACCACCUCAUUACUCUCAGGUGGAGGUAGAAGCCUAGGUUUUCCACUUGGUCUCCUUUGACACCCCGGGGGCACGAGGCUCCUCAUUACUGCUGAGCAGGGGUGAGAGUUCCAGCUCCCCAUGCAGGGGGUGGCCUGGUAACUGCUGGGCAAUGAUGAAAGUCCUGGCUCUUCACUAAGCAUUCUCUAACACUACUCCCGGAGAAAGGGAGAAGGGCACCUCACUGCUGCAGGGUUGGUGUGGAAUUCCAGGCUCCGCAGAUGGUCUCCGCUGAUACCCUCCUUGUUACUGGCCAGCACGGAUUAAAGUCCCAGCUCCCUACCUGGCCUUCUCUAACACCACCGUGGAGGGGUGUUGGAGAACUUUGUGACAGCUUUGGAACGGUACAAGUGUAAGCUCCCCACUCGACUUUCGCUUGUGGAGGUGAGGGCCACAGUUUUUUCGCUGGUGUUGGGCUGGAGUAGAGCCAUUAUUAUUUUAAAGCUUGCUAGGCUGCCCCUUUCUUGGUGCUUUGGCUAGAGAGCAGGCUUUUGCUGGGGCUGUUUUUGUCUGCACCCAUUGCUAUUUCCAGGUUGCCAGCUUCUUCAGCUUCAAAUCUGGGAUAUUUGAGGCAACGAGAAAACCCAGGGAACUCACCAUUGUCAUUCCUUAGGUCCUGCCCGAGGUCACUAGCCUGCCUGCUCUCUUCUCGCCGCCUUUCAGAGUUUCCAUACGUUUGUUUUGUAUAUGAUAUCCAGAGCUCUUAGUUAUACUAAGCAGGAGGGAUAGGGAAGAGUACAUCUACUGCACUUUCCCAUAGGCAGAACUUUUCUCUAAUAAAUAUUUAAUAAUUAACUAAAUUAAACUCUGAUUAUGGUGCUUUCUAAAUGCCUAAUUAAAGUUUUAUAUGCUCUCAGGUUGGCUUUUAGAACACUGGUAAGAAAAUACAGUUGCGAUCUGUGCUAUACGCCAAUGAUAGUUGCUGCUGAUUUUAUCAGAUCUAUAAAAGCCAGAGACAGUGAAUUUACCACAAACCAAGGUGAUUGCCCAUUGAUUGUUCAGUUUGCUGCUAAUGAUGCAAGAAUUUUGUCUGAUGCUGCUCGUAUAGUCUGUCCUUAUGCGAAUGGAAUAGACAUUAACUGUGGUUGUCCUCAGAGGUGGGCAUUGGCAGAAGGUUAUGGAGCUUGCCUAAUAAACAAUCCAGAGCUUGUUCGAGACAUGGUGAAACAAAUAAGAAAUCAAGUGGAAAAUCCCAGAUUUUCAGUAUCUAUUAAAAUAAGGAUCCAUGAUGACCUUACAAGAACUGUAGAUCUUUGUCGAAAGGCUGAAGCGACAGGGGUUUCCUGGAUUACAGUCCAUGGAAGAACUGUUGAAGAAAGGCAUCAGCCAGUUCACUAUGAGGCCAUUAAAAUAAUUAAGGAAAAUAUGUCUAUACCUGUAAUUGCUAAUGGAGACAUCAGAAGCUUAAAAGAAGCAGAAAAUGUGUGGCAUAUUACUGGGACAGAUGGUGUGAUGGUUGCAAGAGGACUCUUAGCCAACCCGGCCAUAUUUGCUGGAUAUGAGGAAACCCCACUGAAAUGCAUCUGGGACUGGGUUAACAUUGCUCUUGAACUUGGAACUCCUUAUAUGUGUUUCCAUCAACAUUUAAUGUACAUGAUGGAAAAGAUAACUUCGAGGCAGGAAAAAAGAAUAUUUAAUGCUUUGUCAAGCACAUCAGCAGUCUUAGAUUACCUUACAGACCAUUAUGGGAUUGACUGGACUCCCUAAAUUAUUUUCUAUCUUUAGUGAAACCACCCAGGGUCACAUCUUGGUCUUCACUUUGAAUCAGUGGCUCUCAAACAUUAGUAUAAAAACAAUGCACUGACAGAAUUUUUAAAACUCAUUCUUAGACCAUAUCCUCAGAGAUUCUGAUUCAGUAAAUCUCUAGGGUGGACCCAAAAUUUAGUUUUAAAGAAGACCCCAGGUGGUUCAAACAUCGACAAACAUUGCUCUGAAUCCUAUUAUGGAUUUAAAACUAAGAAUUUUUUUCUUAAAGGAAUCAUGUUUUUAACAUUUUUAAAUAAAUAAAACUUUUUAUUUUGAUACUAAAA